AUGCUGCCAACAAAGGAAACUUCAAAGAGGAUCGCCAAGGAUAUGACUGACGUUGUCGGCCACACUCCAAUGGUCUAUCUGCAUAAAAUCACCGAGGGUUUGGAAGCGAAAAUUGGUAAGAAAACGUUGAUGAUUUUAGAGAACGAAGUUUACUUUUAGCGGUAAAACUUGAGUACAUAAAUCCAUCGAUGUCAGUAAAAGAUCGUCCAGCUGUCCACAUGCUAGAAGAUGCGGAGAAAUCGGGGGCAUUAAAGCCCGGGGAUGUUGUUUUAGAAGCAACUUCCGGCAAUAUGGGGAUCGGUCUUGCGAUGGCUUGCGCAAUCAAAGGAUACAAACUUGUGCUUGUGAUCCCUGAUUCAAUGAGCUUGGAGAGAGUAAGCGACAAAAUAGCAUAACAGAACAUUUUUACAGAGGAUUCUCUGCAAAGCACAUGGUGCAACGGUCAUUCUUGUGGAUCAUAAAGCCGGCUUCGAAGGGAAAAUCAAAAAAGCCGAAGAGCUCCAAAAAUUCAUUCCCAAUUGCUUCUUCCUAAACCAGUAUGUCAGAGAGAGCAAUAUUGAUUGCCAUUACAAAUCUACUGGCCCUGAGAUCUGGGACCAGACCAAUGGUCAAGUGGAUGUCCUUGUUCUGGGUGUCGGAACUGGCGGAACUCUUUCUGGGGCCGGGAAAUUCUUGAAAGAAAAGAAUUCCAAUAUCAAGUUGUAUGCCGUGGAACCUUAUGAAUCUUCCGUCAUCAAUGGAUUCGAAGCUGGGAAGCAUUUAAUCCAAGGAAUUGGGUCCGGAACCAUCACGCCGAACAUUAAGCCCAUUUAUGAAGAGGCCCUUAGGGUUAAAUCUGAGGACGCUAUCAAUAUGGCAAAGACCUUGGCAACUAAAGAAGGGAUUUUAUGUGGGAUUAGCAGUGGUGCAAACGUCUGUGCGGCUCUUCAGGUGAGAACAAAAUCAUCUAUAGUUUUUACUGACCAUUUAGUUAGCAAAACGGCCAGAGAACAAACAAAAGCUGAUUGUUACUUGUCUCCCAAGCUAUGGCGAAAGGUAUUUGAGCACCGAUUUGUAUCAGAACAUCAAGGAAGAAUGCGAAAAACUGAGAGCAACGGAACUGGAGGAAGAUAAGAAACUGUUAACAGAAGUUUUAGGGCUGUAA